AUGCGGCACAGCACGGCGGAGGCUGGCCGGUGGCUCUGGCAGGAGCCCCAGUCCAAGACUGUCCCUGGCCGGAGCAGGCAGCUGGUAGCAGGAUGGCUGGGGCACUGGGGCAGACUGUACCAGGAGAGGACUUUUUUCCUCCUCCAGACACGGUUUUGCUUUGAAAAGCAUGUGAUCCUCACCAGAAAGCCCACUAUGGUGACUUCCCUAUUGUAACCACAUUUUAGUUCCAGCAGUCAAGCUGUCAUGGGAAGCUGCGGCACUUGGGCAUGGCAGGAGCUGCUGGUGCUGCUGAGCAGUGUGUGGCUGUGGGAGGGCAGUAGCCAGCCCACCCCCCCAGGCUCCACGCACACCCCCGGACCCCAGCUGAAGUUUCGCCUGGCUGGCUACCCGCGCAAGCACAACGAGGGACGCAUUGAGGUCUUCUACAACGAUGAGUGGGGCACCAUCUGCGACGAUGACUUCACACUGGCCAACGCGCAUGUGCUGUGCCGGCACCUUGGCUUUGUGGCUGCCACUGGCUGGGCCCACAGCGCCAAGUAUGGCAAAGGCAUUGGGCGGAUCUGGCUGGACAACGUGAAUUGUGUCGGAGGCGAGAAGAGCAUUGGGGACUGCAAACACCGGGGCUGGGGGAACAGCGACUGCAGCCAUGAGGAAGAUGCGGGUGUCAUCUGCAAGGACGAGCGCAUCCCAGGCUUCAAGGACUCCAACGUCAUCGAGACCGAGCAGAGCCAUGUGGAGGAGGUCCGCUUGCGACCGGUGGUGUCCGGGGCCCGGAGGCAGCUGCCGGUGACGGAGGGCAUUGUGGAGGUGCGCUACAAGGAUGGCUGGGCACAGAUCUGCGACGAGGGCUGGGACAGCCAGAACAGCCAUGUCGUCUGCGGCAUGAUGGGCUUCCCUGCUGAGAAGAAGGUCAACAGGAACUUCUACAAGAGGUUGAAGCGCACAGCCAGGAUGAAGGGCCAGACCCUGAGGCCAGGCAGCAGGCUGGCCUCCAAAUCUCAGCCUAAACAAAAGCGUGGGGAGGACGUAGGGUCCAAGAAGAGGCUGUUCACGGAGCGGCAGCAGCUCAACUACCGCCUGCACUCUGUGUCCUGCACGGGGACAGAGGUGCACCUCUCCAUGUGUGCCUUCGAGUUCUACCGGGGCAACGCCUCGGCCACCUGCAGGGCUGGCAUGCCCGCUGUCGUCAGCUGUGUGCCCGGGCCCCUCUUUGCCACUGGCAAUGCCCACAAGAAGAAGCAGCGCCAACAGCAGCAGAGCCAGCCACGGAUCCGGCUAAAGGGUGGCGCGAAGGUCGGCGAGGGCCGUGUUGAGGUGCUCAAGAGCAGCGAGUGGGGCACCAUCUGUGACGACCGUUGGAACCUGCUGUCAGCCAGCGUGGUGUGCCGUGAGCUGGGCUUCGGCAGCGCCAGGGAGGCCCUCACCGGGGCACGCAUGGGCCAAGGGACGGGGCCCAUCCACAUGAAUGAGGUGCAGUGCCUGGGCACUGAGAAGACCCUCUGGAGCUGCCCCUUCAAGAACAUCACGCAGGAGGACUGCAAGCACACGGAGGACGCAGCCGUUCGCUGCAACAUCCCCUACAUGGGCUACGAGACUCUGAUUCGGCUGAGCGGGGGCCGGAGCCGCUUUGAGGGGCGGGUCGAGGUGGCGGUGGGGGCUGGCGAUGGGGACCAGCCCCGCUGGGGUCUGGUCUGCGGCGAAGGCUGGGGUACGCUGGAGGCGAUGGUGGCCUGUCGCCAGCUGGGUCUGGGAUUCGCUAACCACGGCUUACAAGAGACGUGGUACUGGGACGCCAGCAAUGUGACGGAGAUGGUGCUGAGCGGGGUGAAGUGCGCUGGCCAUGAGAUGUCCCUGAGCCACUGCCAGCACCACGGCACCAGCCUGAACUGCAGGAACACGGGCACACGCUUCGCUGCAGGUGUCAUCUGCUCUGAGACCGCCUCCGACCUACUGCUGCACGCCCCGCUGGUGCAGGAGACGGCGUACAUCGAGGACCGGCCGCUGCACAUGCUGUACUGUGCCGCCGAGGAGAACUGCCUCUCCAGUUCGGCCCGCCUGGCAAACUGGCCCUAUGGGCACCGUCGCCUGCUCCGCUUCUCCUCCCAGAUCCACAACAAUGGUCGCGCUGACUUCCGCCCCAAGGCUGGCCGGCACUCCUGGGUCUGGCACGAGUGCCACCGGCACUACCACAGCAUGGAUAUCUUCACCCACUAUGACAUCCUGACCCCCAACGGCACCAAGGUGGCGGAGGGACACAAGGCCAGCUUCUGCCUCGAGGACACCGAGUGUGAGGAAGAUGUGGCCAAGCGGUACGAGUGUGCCAACUUUGGGGAGCAGGGCAUCACUGUGGGCUGCUGGGACCUGUACAGGCAUGAUAUCGACUGCCAGUGGAUCGACAUCACUGAUGUCAAGCCAGGCAACUACAUUCUGCAGGUCGUGAUCAACCCUAACUUCGAGGUGGCAGAGAGCGACUUCACCAACAAUGCCAUGAAAUGCAACUGCAAGUAUGACGGGCACCGCAUCUGGGUACACAGCUGCCACAUCGGCGAUGCGCUCAGCGAGGAGGCCAACAAGCGGUUUGAGCAGUACCCGGGUCAGCUCAACAACCAGAUUUCAUAG